GGCCACUCACGCUGAGCCCACUUAUAAAAUCACCUAACCCAAUUAUUGCGUUGAAUAAGGACGAGUUCUACAUUACCAAUGACCACCAUUUCCCGAGGAUGAAGAGGCCCCUUCUCGCAAUGCUGGAAACCUAUGCCGCCCUUUCAUUGGGGGGCAUAGUCCAUGUGAACAUGCACAACGAGUCAUUUGUUACACUGCGCGCCCUUGCCAAUAUCCCAUAUGCCAAUGAGAUCGCCCUGCUGAAUACCUCAACACUGGCGGUGGAAUAACAGGAUCCUGUCAAGUCCGGCUUUAUGAUAUCCGACACGAUGCGACUCUUGAGCUAGCGACUGAGAUCAGAGUACCGUUUAUAUCGAAUAAACUUUCUCACGAUUAAAAUGGACUUCUACUGAUUAGCGGUCAUCC